AUGGAUGCCCCUUACAAUCGCAGUAGCAUACACCACAAGAAUAUCAAAAAGAAUAAUUCGGACACGUUUAAGCUAAAGAAAAAAAACUGCGUCCUUAUAACCUGCUUUAUUUUUUACAUCUUUUUUUUAUCCACCGUAAAUAGUUUGGAUAAGUAUUUGCACCUACGAACGUCGCGCUUCAUUUUGACCUACUCGAACCUCCUCUACUUGGUAUCCUUUUUCUCGUUGCACAGCCAGGUCGAAUUGCUGAUAGGUCUUCAGGGUGGCAUUCUACCUGUAGACAAAUUUCUCAGGGAGUUGAAGAAAAAACUCCGAAGCAUUGACCUUUUCCUCGUGCACCAUGUGGUCCGCUGUGUGUACCAGUUUUGGAAGUUCGUCAUCAGGCGGCGGAUAAAGGUGAAGACGUUUUGCAAAGUCGGGGUGUUCCUAUCGAUUGCCAACUUCUUAAUUCAAGAGAAUGUCCAAAACGACUUCGUCCGGAUAACCUUUUCUUCUUUUUUUUUUGUGUCCCUGUUCAUUCUGCACUUGUGCUUCAAAAUUGGGAUGCGGGAUUUCAUGGUUUUCCAGUGCGAUUUACUCAUGAACGAAUUGGGGUUUCUCCUAAUAUUUCUAUGCCUGUCCGAUAGCCACCAUUUGAGGCACUCCAACACGCUGGUGAUAUGCGCCCUGCGGCUAGUGGCGUUUAAAAUUUUGUUCGGUUCGGCUGUGCACAAGCUUGUUUACAACAGCCCCCAGUGGCUGCACCUGGAGGCCUGCCAAAACUUAUUUUUCUGUCAACCAGCCCCCUCGAUACUAUCGCAUAUUGCCAACUGCACAUUUAACAAAAAGAUAAUCUGUUUCCUGGUCUUAACAUCGGAGCUCUUACUCUCCUGGCUCAUAUUCUGCUCCUCAAUUUUAAGGCUAAUUUUUUUUACUCUCUUUGUGACCAUCCACAUAACCUGCUACAUCAUCUGCAAUUACAUUUUUUUUUCGUACUUGUGUCUAAUUUUAUUUUUGUCCUCCCUUGACGAUUCGAUUUUAAAUUUGUUUUUCCACCCGGGGGAGAUCCCUGUUCUGCACGAGAACGGCGCGCCCCCCAACACCGUGACCUUUCUGCUCGUCGGUUGCGUCAACCUCGUCAUUCUCCUCUUCUACGCCCUAAUCGUCCUUAUAAACCUCGUCCCCUUCGUCGAACAGUGGAACGUUGACGAUUUAAAGUGCUUCCACCUUUGCUACCACAUUUUUUAUGAGCUCUUCCCCCUAAACAUUUGCAAUUCGUAUGCCAUGCUAACCUACACGCGCACACAUAGGGAAGAAAUAAUCAUAGAGGAGCUGCACAAAAUUGGGAAAAAAUUCCAGUGGAAGUCCCUUAAUUUUGGUUAUAAGGCAGGCGACUUAAACGAGAUAGGUCCCAUCCUGUGGUGGGGACACGUUCCCAGAUUGGAGUGGAAGUUUUACUUUUUCGCUGACCAGAUCAGAAAUGAGAAAUACGAAAGGGGCAGGUACCCACUGUACGUUUGUUCCUUUUUGAAGAAGCUGUGCAGCCGGGAGGGGCAAUUGGCGUCCCUGUUCGAGGGAGACCAAAUGCGACGAGUGCCUUACUUUCUCCGGCUGACAUCUUACGACUACAAGAUGUCCAUGACCGUUAAAUCGCGGCAAUGUGGAAGCACCCCACCACGCUUACGUGCAAACCCCCCAUCACGCCUACAUGAGCGCACCCUUUUAAUCCACCCAGAUGAGAAGGAACAAGGAAAACCCACCACGGACUCCAAUUUAGAGGAGGAACCCAAAUGGGAGUUCGGGAAGUACUGGCUGCGGAGAAAGGUCCGGGUUAUCAAGACGUUGAGGCCCCUGGGGGAGUUAAGCGACUGAAGGAAAGGCCGCGCGGGGUUCUGCUUGUGCAAGUGACUCCGUAUGUGCCUAUGGCGAACGUUUGUUUGUGCAGCCUGUGCUAAUUAGCUCUUGUGUAUGUUUCCCCCCGCGGAGGGGCACCCGCCUGGUGUACUCUCCCCUCUACACCCAACGAUUUUGAACCAUGUUCACUUGGCUGAACAGACUUUUUAAAAAUUAAAACCUUCGUUGUGUAGAC